CCGCCGAGGGUUUUCGCAAUUUUUUUAUCAUGUUACAUUCGUAUGCACAUUUAACAAAAUAUAUCAACGCACGCAUGUUUAUUAUACACCGGAUGAAUUGUCUACAUAAAACUUCUCAGGUUAAGUUACCGAAAUUGCCAGUUCCGUUACUGGAACGCACCAUGAAGCUAUAUUUAGAAACUUUAAAGCCAAUACUAAAUGAAAAACAACAAGAAAACGUACGAAAGCUCGUGUCAGAAUUUACGAGUGGCCCUGGACCGAUUUUACAAGAGAUAUUGAUUGAACGCAGAGAAGAAUAUGACAAUUGGGCGUAUGAUUGGUGGCUCCAUGACAUGUAUCUAUGUAAUCAAGCGUGUUUGCCUGUUAACUCUAAUCCGGGUAUGGUAUUUCCUCCACUGCCAAAUUUGUCAACUGAAACUCAAAUGGCUAAGUUUUCUGCCAAAUUCGUUACCGAAAUGAUGAACUUCAAACGAAUACUAGACAAGCGAGCAUUGCCUGUAGAAAAAGCCACUGCCAGGGAGAAAGGACAACCUUUCUGCAUGGCACAGUACUAUAGACUUAUGACAUCAUACAGAGAACCUGGACUCGUUAAAGACAAUCUCAUUAAUGUCGAAUCUGACCUCACGCUAUCCCGUCCACAUAUAAUAAUCGCUUGCAAAUCUCAGUUUUACGUACUGCGCUUGACAUCUGGCGAGGAUGCUACGCCAUUGACCGAAGAACAAAUUGCUACAAAAAUGCUGAAUAUUAUUUUGGAUGCUAAGAAACCAACUAAUACGGCAGGUGUGUAUCCCAUAGGUGUUUUAACAUCACAAAAACGGGACGAUUGGGCUCAUAGCAGAGAGUUGCUGUCAAAAAGCGCUUCAAACCGCAAUAAUUUGGCGUUGAUCGAGAGAUGUUUAUUCUUUAUAAACUUCGAUUUGGAAUCGCCCGGCCUCGAAUUCAACUCAAAAUGUAAGGUCGGAGCUAAAGGUUACAGGUUAUCCAACGAUAGAGAUGAGACGAACAUGAUGCACCAAAUGCUGCACGGCGGAGGUAGCGAAUAUUGUUCAGGAAAUCGUUGGUUUGACAAGACAAUACAAUUGAUUAUAGGUAAAGACGGCGCCAAUGGAUUGUGCUAUGAACAUUCUCCGUCCGAAGGUAUUGCGGUCAUUGAAUUAAUGGAAAAAUUGAUUAAGAGCACCAAAGACUUGGAUAAACAGACGAUUGAUCCAGUAGCUUCUGUAGAAAAACCUGAAAAACUAAUAUGGAGUGUCAAUAACGAACUUAUCAAACAUAUUGCAGACGCUUCUUCCGUAUUAGAUCGAUUAGUUAAAGAUUUGGACUGUCAUGUUUUCCGUUUCACUCAAUACGGCAAAGAAUUCAUCAAAUCUUGCAAAGUCAGUCCCGAUGUUUAUAUUCAAUUAGCUAUGCAACUAGCUUAUCAUAAGUUACACGGAAAGUUAGUGGCUACAUAUGAAAGUGCUUCCACUCGACGUUUUAGACUUGGAAGAGUAGAUAACAUUCGAGCAGCAACUGUAGAAGCGUUGGAAUGGGCUAAAGCUAUGAACCAAUCAGCGGUUACAGAAAGUGGCAUAUUGGGUACAAAGAAGAUAUAUUACACAGUGACAGAACAUGAGAAAAUGCAACUGUUUGAAACGGCUGUAAAAAAACAAACUGAUAUUAUGAUUGACAAUAUUCUUGGAAUGGGUAUAGACGUACACUUAUUGGGUCUGAGACAAGCGGCUAGAGAAAAUGCUUUGUCAUGUACUUUAUUCGAAGACGAUUCAUACAGAAUAGCAAAUAGUUUUGCAUUAUCUACAAGUCAAUUACUAACUUCGACCGAUAGCUUCAUGGGCUACGGUCCGGUGGUGCCGGAUGGAUAUGGCGUCUCCUACAAUCCUCAAAACAACAGCAUUGUAUUUUGUAUCUCUUCAUUUAAAUCGGCCAAAAUUACCAACAAUAGUGCAUAUACAGCGGCCUUAGAACAGAGUCUGUCGAUAAUGCAAAAAUUGACAUACACUAAAAGAAAUUAGAAACUCGUACAUAUCGAAAUGUCGUAUUAAACAUAAAAUGUUGUUCAUUAGAAUAGAAUACUAUAAAUAAUAGUACCAUACACAUAUCUUUGAGUGAUAAAACAAGUUACACUUUGAAAUUUAAAGUUACCUCACUUUUUGUUAAAUUGCAUUCGUUAUAAGUACGUAUUGUUGUUUAUUUACUGCAAUGUAUUCUAGUCCAAAUUCUAGUCAUUUGUUAUUAUAUUAUGUUAAAUUGUGAAUUGUUUUUCCUGUUAUAUUGUAUUAACAUGUAUUAUUCUUGGCUGACAUAUUAAUAUCAUAA